GGCUCGAACACGGCACGGCCGAGCCCAUAAGUAUUUUCGGUUAAACGGGUCGUGGUUAGUUUUUCUGGAAUUUUAUAGGAUCGCCGUGGUGUCCGGCCAACCAUCACCCAUCAUGGUCACGGGUGUACCGCCCUCUCAGAGACCGCAAUCUCAGAAAGUGGGGCAUUGUGUAUAUUUACAGCUCUUGUGAGUGAGUCAACAAUCCUUACAGGACAGGCCUCUUCGACGGUGCAUCUAUUAUGUGUCGCGAACGUUAAAAUUAUUAAGGGCAGCACCAGGUGGUCCUACGGCCACCCUGUGCAAUGGUCCGACUACCAUCAAGUGCAGCAGGCACGUGUGCCAUCACCUACCUCCAUGGCCAUUGAUAAAGAUGUCUUGUGGCUUAACUGAGCGUCGCCAGAACAACAGAGCCGCAGGUCCCCAAGGGGGAGGUGGUCCUGGAGGGCCUGCAGGAUCAGCAUGUAGACUGAGAGGUACAGGCACGAAUAAUGCAGCUGCUACGAAUGCAAGAGGAAGCACGCCGAUAACAACAGCCCCCCAAAAUGGCCCACAACCAAGCGCUCAGGGCCCCCCGCUUAGAGCUAAGCCUUGCUGCCUCUUAUGGUGUUGUUGCUGCAAGUGUCCUUGCUCUAACCCUGGAGGUAAGGCAAGUGAGGAGAAUGGACCCAAUAUAAAUUCCAAUAAUUCCGAUCUGAUGGUGAACUGCGAAUUAGAACCACCUCCUACUUUGGAAGAAGUUCGAAAUUGGGGCAGAUCUUUCGAUAAACUGAUGAAAAGUGCAGCUGGUCGUCAAGUAUUCAGAGAUUUUCUACGUGUCGAAUACUCAGAAGAAAAUAUAUUAUUUUGGUUAGCCUGCGAAGAACUAAAACGUGAAACCAACUUGGAGGUUGUCGAAGAGAAAGCUAGAAUUAUAUACGAAGAUUUUAUUUCGAUUCUUUCUCCCAGGGAAGUAUCAUUGGACGCUAGAGUACGUGAAAUUGUGAAUCGCAAUAUGGUCGAGCCGACCCCACAGAUGUUUGAAGAGGCACAACUGCAGAUUUACACUUUGAUGCACAGGGACAGCUAUCCACGAUUCAUCAAUUCACCGUUAUACCGUUCAUUGUCUCAGCAACAGAGUGGUUCUUCUGAUCCUGAACCUGAUGAGACAACGGCUAUGGUCAAUAUGGUCUCUGAGGACCAGGAGGCUUAAAGCCGUCCCAAGUUCAACCAAGGCGGCCUAACGAGAGACUCGACAGUCGACAAUAAGCUCGGCGGGCAACAGUCGACUACACCAAACCAACGCCGUCUUCGAGGAGAGAUAGCCAGGGCCUACGGUCGUUGUCGUUUCCCGCCGAUUCUUCACACCAUUCCUCGCCUCGCACAGUGCACAUGUGACCGCUUAAGGCCACAGCGCCUGCGCCGCACAAACCCCAAAACACACAGGACGCUGUGACGAUGUGUUCGUAAAAUCAGUUUCCGGCACAUGUUCACUUUGUAGGUACAACAGCAAUCAUAUAUCUCUGGACUGGACUUUAGUCGCUCACUUUUUAAGAUUAGUGUUGUGUAAUAAUAACGAAUAUGGUUCAUCUUUCUCAAAACUGGGUAAAAAAGUUGGAUGCUGUCUAUUAAAACGAGACUCAGUCGAACUAACUAAAUUUUAAGUAUAUUUUUGUUCUCUUUGAUUACAUCCAACUCCAAUGUUUAACUAAUUCAUGUCAUGCAGCCAUAUACCAACAAAGGCUUCAUUUUUUAUAUAUCCGACGUAUAUACUAUUACACAAUCAAACUAAAAGACUGUAUCUUAAAAUCCAUAAACAGUAGAAAAUAAUAAUCUCUAAAAAUAAAAAGAUCGUUUGAAUUAUCUCUCGAUUAUGCCCUUUAGUUUAAUUGCAUAAAACCAAUAUAGUCUGGGGGCCUUAGCUAGGUUACCGUGCCAUUUUCACACAAGGGCCACCCAAAGCUUUUUGUAUUUAUUUUUUUGACUGCUGAUUACGAAUUUCGAUGGUGGAUUUCGAUCAGAGUGGCCAAAAAACUGUUAUAAAAAAGUUAAUUGUUUUUAAGGCUCUGGCUAAUAAACUAAAAGAGAUAAAAAAUUGUUUUCAAAUAAAAUUUGUUACUUGGAAUAAAAACAAAGAAAAUGGCGUUUACUAAAUUUUAAUACAAUAAUUAGGACUCGAGACAUUGAAAAAUUAGCGCAAAAUGGUUACAAAAUACGUAUUUUUCGAAACUUUCUUAAUAGUAACUCGGCUUCUACUUGCUCAAAAUGUUCUUUUUGAGUUCUUCUAUCAUUACUGUUAAUUCAAGUAUAAAUGAUUAUUACUCAAAGCUUAAAACCCUUAUACAAAUUAAUUUUUUUAAAGAAAAUUACAACUUCACAAACGAGUAUAACUUUAAUACAAAUAAGAAUAAAGUAAUUUAACAAAUUUUGUUUGAAAGUCUAUAAAUUAAGCUUUCAAACAAGACUUUGUAAAACUCAUUUGCACGCCUACAAGCCGAGUUACAAUCAAAAAAUACUUAUUUUGCACUAAUUUUACAUUAUACUGAGUUUUAAUUAUAUUGGAUUAAAGUUAAGUAAACGCCAUUUUCUAUGUUUUUUUUUCAAGAAACUAAUUUCAUUUAAAAAAUUUUUGAAGUUAUACUUCUUUAGGCGCGAUUGAGAGUAAAAUUUCAUAAUACAGUAGAACGUCGAUAAUCCGAACUAAUUGGUACAGAGGUAGUUCGGAUUAUCAAAUCGUUCGGAUUAUCGAACAUAUGUUCAAAAUAGAUACAAAGCUCAUAAACAUAGUACAUAUGUACCUACAUACGUUUUAGUUACAAGGAAUAAAACACCUGCAUAAUAAACAAAUAUAUUGUAUGUAUUUCUGCAUAAACAAAACAAAAAUCCGCGGUCAUCUUUUGCCCAUAUUGUCAUAUUAAAUCCAAAAAUUCGGUCCGCGAUUAUAUUUUUUAAUUUUAUAAUUUUUUUUUUGCGUUCGGAUUAGCGAACGUUCGGAUUACCAGGGUUCGGAUUAUCGACGCUCUACUGUACUUUACUAAUAAUACUGUCGUACUAAUACGACAGUAUGGCGUUUAGUUGCUAAAUAUUUCUAGUUAUGUAUAAAUAUAUCAGUGCAAUAAAAGGUGUGAAAAGAAUAUAUUACGGUUUUUAGUAAAUAUAUUUAUUAUAAUUUUUGUGUCUUUGGAUUUGUCUUCCUCAGGAGUAAGAUGAGUAUUAUUAAAACAUUUUAUUGUAUAUUUAUAUUUAUUCACCUUGUCUGUUUGUUACCGUGAAUUGUCAUUAGGUACGUCCGAACCGAUACAGACACAGUCCUCAUAGCCUAUUUGGUAUAGCAUUCGGCCAGAGAUCGAGAGGUCUUGAGUUCGAAUCCAGUGCAAUCCUAUACUUUUUUUUUAUUUUUUUUGAAAGCGGUAAGCACAAAAUUAGUUUGGUGUUAUAAAAAAAAAUUAAAACAAACUGUUUAAAGUAUAUUUAUUUUUAAGAAAUCAUAUAAUAGAAGUAUAACUUCUUACGUGCGUACAAAGUACGUACACACACAUUCUUUUUUUAUCUCUUUUAGUGUACGAGCUAGAGAAUUAUAAACAAUUAAAUUGUUUAUAACAAUUUGUUGACACUCGAAUCGCAAUCCACUCCCGAAAUUCGUAAUCAGCAGCCAAAAAAAUACAUAAAAAAAAACCUUGGGCGGAUCCCUCAGAAUUGAGAAGGCCACGGUGAGUUAGCUAUGCCCCCUAGACUAAUAAAUAUAAUAAACUCAUACAAACAUUAUUCCUGAGCAAUCAUAUUUUUCAAUUUGAUAAUAAUUUAUACAUUUAAAAGUUUACUUUCUAAUCUUAGGUAAUAAAAUAUUAAAAGUAUAAACAAAAGUAGACUAGCAAUAAGCUGACCAACUAACUAAUAACAAAAAAACAAAACAAUAGAAAAAUAUAAAGUAAGAGUUGAUUGAAUUUUUUCAACAAUAGAAAAUAAAAAUAUAUCGCUUUGGUGGUUGCGUAUACAUUCCCAUUUUAUUUUUACUGUGAUAGAAGAAAUUUACAGGCAUCAAUCAAUGAGAAUCCUCUUUAUGUUGGAGAUGAUUGGGCCCUAUUUAACUAAAAAAAAAUGUUAGGAAACUAUAUUUAAAGAAACAGAAAAUCACUUAACAAAAAUAAAAUUAUUGCUUCUUUUAAUUUUCUGAAAACAACUAGAAGUAUAAUUUAUUAAACUGUAAUCCUGAAGACUUUUACUAAAUCCUCUUUGAGUGGCGGAUCCAAGGGGGUGUGAAUCCCCCCCCCCCAGACCAAAACCGAGAGCUGUUAAACAAACCUUAUCCUAGGGGUGGUAAGACGAAGUGACCUUGCAUCAGAGAAAAGUAAUUAAAUCACCCUCAAGAUCCGUGACCCCCCCCAAAUUUCUGGUUCCUCCAUUGUACCUCUUUAGGUGCUGUUAUCAGUUUUGUCAAUAAUUUUAUUUCUUUUUGUCUCUAUGUAGAUGUUUUUUUUGCCGUUUGGUCCAUGAUAUAUGUUUAAAACCAUUUGGACCAUAUUUUUAAUAAUGUUGCUUCAUAACUCGUAUAUUUUUUAAGUUUAAUUUAUUUUUGGUUUAGUUGUUUUGAAAAAAUAUGUUCCUAACGUUUUCAUCUAUACUUUAUUCUGUACUUCUAUUAUUCUUCUUUGUUGGUACAGGAUUGCUCAAAAAGUACGUGACAUAACGAGAAAACACAACCUGUUUUUCGAUCUUUAUUUUUCGAUAUAAUGUCAGAAAACACAUAUUCCAAGAAUAUUCCAUAUUAACAAUGUCUUCAUUGUAGGUUCUCUUUUGAAUUCAACGAAGUUUCCUUAGCUAUGAGCUAUUUUUCAAAUUUGGAAACGGGUGAAAAUCGCAGAGUGCUAAAUCGGGGUAAAACGUUGGAUUAGCCACUAAUUCAAAAUCCAACUGAUGAAUUUUGACCAUUGUCAUUGUAGACUUGUACGAAUCAGCGACAUCUUGAACGUAAAGUAAUUUUUCGUUACUAAACUCGACUGUUUCCUUGAUUUUUAAACAAAUUGACAUAAUGAUUUUCUUUUUGUUCAAAGAGUCACGUUUUUUCCAGUUUUUAUUACUCGGAAGAUAUACAUUUUUAAUAAAAUGGAUAAAAACGAACAUUGAGCUGAAAAGCUUUGUAGAUUUAUAUAGCAUCUACCUACAUCUUUUUUUAACUGAUCAUUUGAUCUAUACAAUACAUUCCGAAGAGUAUCAUUGUACUCUACUAUAGUACUUUUUAAUUCAUAUCAUUUUUCUGUUAUUUACUUUAUAAGUCGUCCAUACAAUAUGCAUUUUUUCAUUUUUACUCCAAUUAUACUUCACGCAGUUUAUAUUUGAUCUAACAUUUUUAUAAAUAAACAAAGCAUAUAUAGUUAAAUAUGUCCAAAUUGCUUAAUUUUAUCAGUAUUAAUGUUACUAGUAUUAUAUCGAAUAUAAGAUAAUCUUAAACCGUUGUUAAUGAUUAUGUUUAAAAAUUGUCGAGACUGUUCAUGAUUGAUAUUUCAAAUCAGCAAGCGCUGGAUGCUCUAUUAUACAGUUUGUCAAAUAUACGGUGAUUAUACUUGGCCGUAUUGAUAUUAGGCUCAACUUACGAUGCGCAGUCAAGACCAACACAAUUCAUCGAAUGCAUUCCCACUUAUUUUUCUACGCAAGUGGAUAAAAUCGCCAAGUGUCACCAUGUAUUUGAAAAGCUGUAUGGUAAGAUUCGACCAGAAUAUGAAUAACUUUAGAAUGCGCAGGUUUAUUGCUUGAAUAAUAUAGCUACAGAAGUAAGAUUAGUAGGGAUAAUAUUUUAAAGUAACAAAUUAGUGAUGCCACAAGUAAAUCAAACGUCAGACAAAGUAUGUAAUCUUAAGGCAAGUCGCACACCAAAGAAACAUGAAACGAAAAACACGAAACAUGAAACGUAAAACACGUUUCAUGAAAAUAAAACACAGGUAAACAAAUCUUGAGGUCCGCCUACCAAUGAAACGAGUGUGAUUCAUGCUUUUUGGGAGAGUUUCGUAAAUGGCCGGACGUCUAUUUGUUUAGCAUUGUUUUAUUUCCAUGAAACGUGAUUUACGUUUCAUGUUUCUUUGAUGUGCGCCUAAGUGAAUAAAUUUUAUUUUUCUAGUAACAAUUUUUAGUUUUUUGCCCUUUUUUCUUAAAGAAAUCUUUGCUUCAAGAUUUAUAAUCACACAUUAUCUUUGUUGCAUUUAUAUUUAAGCUCCUCUAAUAAUUUUGUACAGCUAAUAAGAAUAACAGAAGACAGAGAAGAAUAAUCGUAGUAACUAACUUAAUUGAGGAGAGGGCACUUUAAUAAGAAGAAGAACAAUUUUGACGAAUUUUCUUCUCAAUCAGGGAUUUUUUCUCGGUUAUAUGAAAAUUAACCUAUAUAAAAUUAAAAAAUAUAUGAAUUAAAGAUACUGUGUUCAAAUUUAGCCAGUUGUGGAAUUUGGAAAUAUUGGAAAUAUCUGUGAGGUUUUAUUAGUUUAGUUAUCUGCAACCUCAUUGCUUGCGAUACCUUUAUGGCACCCACUUAAAAGUACUUUGUUGUUUUUUUUUUUGCCAGUUCGUUAAGAAACUUAUUGCAGACUCACUCCAGCUUUGUCUCAAUAUAAAGACAACAGUUGGUAACCUGAAGAAUAUUUAAAUUUGAAAUCGUCGCUAUCUCUUAUAAGAUAUUCAUAUCCUGGUCAACAGUAGGAAGCAAUAAAUUUAAAGGGUAUGAGUACGAAUUGAGCACAAAUUUAAACAACGUUAUAAUAUUGUAACGAAAGAAAUUUCGAUCCACUGCAAACAACAGUUGCAACUCGACCGACGAGAGAAUUCUUCCAAUUUUCUAGAAGCGACUGGUGAGGCGAAUGAAUACUCCAGAAAUUUCGAUCACCCGAGAGAUAAAUAGAGAUGGGCGAAGAUUCCAGAAGGAACCUGUAUAAGCGGGCUACUAUUUGGUUUUUUUGAAGUGACAAGAUACAUUGUGAACGUGUUAAAAUAAAUAGCCGUAUAUAAAUCCUAACCGUGAGUUUUAUUUAACGUUUAGUUUAUAAAACGCUACAGUUUCUUUAAUAAUUUGAGAAGUUUCAUCGAAAUUCUUUCUAGAAGUUUCUUCAAUUUUCGUUAUUACUGCUUCUUCUGCUGACUGAAAAUGGAAUGUAUCAGGGCCAUCUCCAUUCUUUUUGAGAACAUCCCUCGGUCGUGCUUGAAGGAUUUUCUAGGACCCGCUGCCAUCUUCAUUCCGUUCUUCUAGUUGUUCACGCAACUGUUUUACUGAAAGUUCUAGUAGAGACAUCUUUGGUGAGGUACACACGUACUUUUCAUAUGUUAUUUUAAAAUAUUUUUAAAUCUUUCCGAAUGCCGAACAAUUUAACGCUUCUUCUUAUUUUUAGCAUGAUCGAUCAUGCUAGUAGGCUACUGCCUGUUCAUUGCCAUCAAGUCUACCUCGGACGAUGAGCUCCAGCAUUCUCGCCAUCUUAUUAUUGGUCACCCUGUGGUCUUUUACCUACUGGGUCAUUCGUUUUUGCGCUUUUAACUAGUCUGCUGUCCUCCAUUCUCUUUAUAUGAUUGUUCCAAUAUCUUCGUCUCUGUCUGCCCCACCUUCCUAUGUCAUGUAUUUACUUCGUAUUCUGUCACGUAGAGUUUUGCCUUGUAUACUUUUUACUGUUCUUAUUUCAACUGUUCUCAUCAUUUGUAACGUUCUAGUUGUGUCUGGUCUUGUGUCUGCCGCAUAUGUUAUAAUAGGUCUUAUUGUUGUUUUAUAUAUUAUUUUGACUUUGCUUUCAGUAUUUAGAUAUUUGUUCUUCCAUACGAUUUAUUUCAGGAACCCCGACAUUCAAGCUGCUUUCAUUGUUUGUUCUCUGACCUCUUUUAAGAGAUUUCCUUAGCUUGUUAUUUCCGCUCCAAUAUAUUUGAAGUGAUUCACCUGUUCCAUAGUUUGGAGUCAAUUUCCAAUUUGCAUCUUAUCGGUUCUUUGGAAAUUAUUAGGCACUUAGUCUUAGACGAACAACAAAUUUUUCAAAGUUCAAAAGAUCACUUUUAAUUUAUAUUUAAAUUAAAUACCCCACACCUGACACCAACUGUAGCGUUUUAUUGAAUAAUUUAAUGAAACUAACGGUUCGGAUUUAUAUACGACUAUUUAUUUUAACAAGUUUAUAUCUGAAUGUAUCUUCUCGCUAAAGAAAAACUAAAUAUUAGUCCGCUUAUAUAAAUAAGUUCCUUCUGAAAUGUUCGCCCAUCUCUAUUUAUCUCUCGGCUGACCGAAAUUUCUAGAAUCCUCUCGUCGAUAGAGUUGCAACCGGUAUUUGCAGUCGGUCAAAAAGUACUCUUUAGUUACAAUAUUUAAAUUAAAUAACAAAUAUCUGAUCGUUUGAUUCUGUAAAUGUUUGUUUAAGUUAGAGUUGGACGCACUCCCAAACUAUUUCUGGCAUUGGAUCAUUUGCACAAUCCUUUGGCUAUGUCAUGUGGUAGCACGUAGUUUGUUGUAAUCGUAGAACUACACGAGAAGCUUUCUAUAAUUCGCGCUAAGAAUUAUUGAACAUUACUUAAGGUAGCCUCUUCUUAAUAAUAAGAAAGAGAUUACGCAAAUGAGCCUAUUUUAGGAAGGUAUUAUGUAUAAUAAGUUCUUUACUCCUUCUAUACAAUAUUUCACCAAGUCAUUAUCAUGUAUUUAUUUAAAAAUAUCAUAUUUCACUGCACACUGGUCGUUAGUAAGGAUAGAGAAAACAGUAGUCAUAACAAGAACAAAAAAUAUUCAUUAAAUAAUUUAUUUAUGUUAAAAAUUAUUUUAAUAUUACAUGGACGCAACUCAUUUUGGGCGUUAUCAACUAUAUGAGCAGCCACUACAUAAAUAUGGGAUCACUUGUAUAGAGCGUCAUAAAGAAUUGGCCAAAUUUUAACUAUUUUCUUCUUCUUCUUUAGGUGCCGUGUCCGUAUUCAGAUGUUGGCCGUCAUCAUGUUUACAAUUUCCUGAAACCUUCCCUUAUCGGCUGCUGCGCGAAAUAAUUCUACUGUGGAAUUACAUCAUUUCUAAUAUUACGCAACCAUGAAAGUUUCUUUCGACCAAUCCAUCUCUUUCCACGAUAUCUUUAGGAUCCGUCGAUAGCACCACAAAUGCUUCUAAUUUAGCAUUGUGGUUUUUAACCUCCAUAACGUCCACUGAUAUAGAAUCGGAUCACAAUCCGGUGGUUGCUGUAGUAAAUAUAAGAUUGAAGAAACUACAGAAAAAUGCAGCUAUACAAAAGAUAGACAUUAAGCAACUGAAAGACGCAACUAUACUGGAAAGGGCAAGAGAACAGGUAAACAACAAUCUUAGAAACCUCGCUGCAAAAAAUAGGAACACAGACAAUGUAGAGGACAAAUGGAUGGAGAUAUAAAAGGCCCUUAUGACAGCUGGUGAAGGCUCCUUAGCUCCAAGCAAAAUUAAGAAAAAGGAAUGGAUGACAAACGAAAUUUUGUACCUCAUGGAGGAAAGGCGAAGAAAUAAAACCAACAAGACAAAAUACAAAGAAGUGAACCGUGAGGUUAAGAGAAAAAUUAGAGAAGUGGGUUCUGGAAAACUGCAAGGAAAUAGAAGAAUAUGAAAGAAAGUACGAUAGCUUUAACAUGCAUAAAAAAUCAAGGAAAUAACAGGUAAAAAAGUGAAACAAGCAUCCAUCGUAAAAGACAAAAAAGGUAAAAUAAUUACAGAUUUAAAUGAAAAACUGGCAAGAUGGACAGAAUACAUUGAAGAACUUUUUGCAGAUGAAAGACCAGAAAUAGCAUUGGCAGAACCUACAGACGACAAAACAGGGCCUGAAAUCCUAAAAAGCGAGAUAGAAUAUGCUAUAAGCAACACUAAAGGGGGUAAAGCUGCAGUACCAGAUGAAAUUCCUGUAGAAUUGUUGAAACUUAUAGACGACGACACACUUGAAAUAAUGGUGAACCUCUUUAACACCAUUUAUAGAAAUGGCUCUUCUCUACUUUUGUCACAAUCCCGAAGACGAAUAACGCCAGAGAGUGUUCAGACCACAGAACUAUAGCAUUGAUGAGCCAUAUACUAAAAGUAUUUUUAAAAAUAAUACACAAAAGAAUAUCUAAUAAACUAGAAGAGGACAUAAAAGUCACACAGUUUGGAUUCAGAAGUGGACUGGGAACACGGGAAGCUUUGUUUGGUCUGAGUGUGUUAAUGCAAAGAUGUUUGGAUGUAACCAAGACCUCUACAUAGGUUUCAUAAUUUUGAGAAGGCCUUCGAUAAAGUCAGACACCAAAAGCUGUAUGAAAUUCUAAGAAGCAAAAACAUCGACAGUCGCGACAUUCAUGUCAUAUCCAGGUUGUACUGAGGACAAAAGCAAAAAUCAAGGUUGAUAAUGAGUUAACCGAAGAAAUUGAGAUUCGUCAAGGUGUGCGUCAGGGUUGUGUGCUUUCUCCACUACUAUUCAAUAUAUAUAUAUAUAUAUAUAUAUAUAUAUAUAUAUAUA